GGUUUCCAAUGAUAGGGCAGUACCACAGUGUGAAAACGCAGGUGUUCCUGAGCUGGGCUUGGAUCACAGGAAGGGCUCACAGACUCUUUAAGAGCUUGUUACCUGUGUGUAGGAGCAGCUGGAAAGAUAAAACAGGGAGAGACAAAGUAGUUGGCUACAUAGAGAGGGAAAAAAACCUCUUCAGUUUCUGCUGAAAACUUUUCUGCCUGUGCUUGCCAGCAGAGUGCUGGUGGCACUGUAGCAUGUUUAGGAAAGCUGCUGUGCCCACGGUCUCUAAUGGAAGCUACUUGCAGGGACAUGCUAAUGGCAAGUUGUCCUCUCUGGACAGCGGACAGCCAGCCCGGGAGGGAAAAGUUGUGCUGAAGAAGAAAGUGACGCUUUUGAGGGGGAUAUCCAUCAUAAUUGGCACUAUCAUUGGAGCUGGCAUCUUCAUCUCUCCCAAAGGCAUCCUGAAGAACACAGGCAGCGUGGGCAUGUCCUUGACUGUCUGGACAGUGUGUGGUAUCCUCUCGCUUUUUGGUGCCCUCUGCUAUGCUGAACUAGGAACAUGCAUUAAGAAAUCUGGUGGUCACUACACCUAUAUCCUGGAGGCCUUUGGCCCAUUACCUGCAUUUGUGAGGGUCUGGGUUGAACUCCUCAUCAUUCGCCCUGCUGCCACAGCAGUGAUAUCAUUGGCAUUUGGACGCUACAUCUUGGAGCCUUUCUUUAUGCAGUGUGAAAUCCCAGAACUUGCGAUUAAACUUAUCACAGCUGUUGGCAUCACGCUGGUGAUGGUCCUGAAUAGCACAAGUGUCAGCUGGAGCGCCCGCAUUCAGAUGUUCCUUACCUUUUGUAAGCUUGUAGCAAUUCUGAUAAUUAUAGUCCCUGGAGUUAUCCAGCUAAUUAAAGGAGAAACACAGCACUUUAAAAAUGCCUUUGCAGGGAAUGAUGCCAGUGUUAUGGGAUUACCACUUGCUUUCUAUUCAGGAAUGUAUGCCUAUUCAGGCUGGUUUUACCUCAAUUUUGUCACCGAAGAAGUGGAAAACCCUGAAAAAAACAUACCCCUGGCAAUAUGCAUUUCAAUGAUUAUCGUCACAGUUGGCUAUGUGUUAACAAACGUGGCUUAUUUCACUACAAUCAGUGCUGGGGAAUUGCUGCUUUCAAAAGCUGUAGCAGUGACCUUUGCCGAACGACUGAUGGGAAACUUCUCUUUAGCUGUGCCCGUGUUUGUGGCUCUCUCCUGCUUUGGAUCUAUGAAUGGUGGCGUUUUUGCAGUAUCCAGGAUGUUCUUCGUUGCAUCCCGUGAGGGUCACCUUCCAGAAAUUCUCUCCAUGAUUCAUGUCCGCAAGCACACUCCUCUGCCAGCUGUCAUUGUUUUGCAUCCUCUCACAAUGAUAAUGUUAUUCAACGGGGAUCUCUACAGCCUCUUGAAUUUCCUCAGCUUUGCCAGGUGGCUUUUUAUUGGACUGGUAGUUGCUGGGUUGAUUUAUCUCAGAUAUAAACGUCCUGAUAUGCCUCGUCCUUUCAAGGUUCCUUUAUUUAUUCCAGCGUUGUUUUCCUUCACUUGCCUCUUCAUGGUGGCGCUGUCGCUUUACUCUGACCCAGUGAACACAGGGAUUGGAUUUGCCAUAACCCUGACAGGCAUUCCUGCCUACUACCUCUUCAUUGUGUGGGACAACAAGCCAAAGUGGUUCCGAAAGCUUCUGGGCAGGGUAACCACAACAUUGCAAAUCCUCUUGGAAGUCAUCCCAGCAGAGGAAAAUCAAAAAUCAUGAUCAUCAUGCACAGCUUUUGGCUUGGUGUUUCAUUUCUACCUGAAAUAAAAAGAGUAGGGAGAUUUAUCUCCCUUCCUAACAUGCUGCAAACUGGAGGAACAAGUCACAGUUGCAAUGGAUACCGAACAAGUC